AUGGAGACAAACUCCUCCACAACCUAUAAAGGAGAACUUCCAUCACCCCCAGCAGAGGAGCUGAGGAUCCUUCACUCUCGUUUCUCCUCCCGUUUUACCACCUUCCUCACUGCUUUCUCGUCUGAACGCUCUGCAGGCAACACGAUGAGCUGGCGCUUCUCCCAGUUUGGGGAUGGCAAUUUCAGUUCUUCUUCUGCUCACUGUGGCACGUUUGGUGGUGGGAGAAGCUCAUGCACUGUAAGCCACUGUGAAGACAAUAGAGGAGAAGGAAGAUACCGUGGUUACGGGUAUGGUUAUGGCAGCAGGAGUCUGCACAACCUUGGUGGCUUUAGGAAUGUUUUUACCAGCGGAGGCUAUGGAGGAGAAGGAAGAGUAUAUGGGAUAUGCCUGGGGUUUGGUGAUAGGGGACAUCUGGACAGGGGCUUUGGUAGAACAAGGUAUUUUGUGGGAGCUUCUCAAGGGGGUGAAGCACGGCUUGGUAGCACGUGUGGAAGAGUUUCAGGCAGGGAGGUGCUUGGAGGAGGCCUUGGUGGAAGCGCCUUUGGUGAAGAAGGGGCUGGACAGGGCUUGGGGCAGCCUGGUGUUAGCAGAGGCAUUGAGGAGGUCCGUGUCAACACCAGCCUGCUGAGGCCAAUAGAAGUACAAGUUGAUCCUGAGUUCCAGAGAGUGAGAUCAGAUGAGAAAGAGCAGAUUAAGUCUCUCAACAACAAAUUUGCAUCAUUCAUCGAUAAGGUCCAGUGCCUCGAGCGGCAGAACCAGGCUUUGAUGGCCAAAUGGGAACUGCUGCAGCAGCAAAGUGCCCGGCCAGAAGAGAGCAGAAACAUCACCUCCUUCUUCCAGUCUUACAUCAGCAACCUGCAGAGGCAGCUGGAAAUGCUCCAGAACCAGAAGGAGCAGCUGGAUCCGGAAGCUUACAAUAUCCUUCAGCUUGUGGAAGAUUAUAAAAAGAGAUUCGAGGAUGAAAUCAACAAGCACGCCUCCAAAGAAGAGGAGUUCGUGGAGCUUAAAAAGGAACUGGACAAUGCCUACAUGGGAAAAAUGGAAUUUGACAUUCGGGUGGAAAUACUGAAGCAGGAGCUUGAGUUCCUCAGAUGCUUACAUGAAGCUGAGCUGUCCCAGCUACAAACAGUAGUUGGCAACACCAACGUCGUUCUGUCCAUGGACAACCGCAGGGAACUGAACAUGGAUGGCAUCAUUGAAGAAGUCAGGCAGGAGUAUGAGACAAUUGCUCAGAGGAGCAAAGCUGAAGUAGAUGCCAUGUACCGGGGCAGGUAUCAGGACCUGCAGAAUAUGUGGGUAAAUCAACGUGAGCAACUGAGCACCAGUUAUAAGGAAAUCCAGGAACUCAUCAGGCAAAUCCAAAGACUACAACCAGAAAUUGAAAUUGCAAGGAAGAAGAACGCCAGCCUCCAAGAAGGCAUCAAAGUUGCUGAGCAGCGCGGGAGCAAUGCCAUCAGGGACGGCCAGGAAAAGCUCCAGGAGCUGGAAAAUGCCCUGCAGCAGGCCAACGAUGACCUCACUCGUCUUCUUCAUGAUUAUCAGGAGCUCCUGAACGUGAAACUGGCCUUGGAUAUUGAAAUCGCCAUGUACAGAUCACUCCUUGAGGAGGAGGAGACCAGGUAG